AUGGAGUCAAUGGUAAUUCUUCAAAAAGGCAGCGGCCUCACCCAAGGGAAUAUCACCUUGCCUCCCCUGAAAGAGCAUCAGGUCUAUGUCAAGGUUGAAUACGCAGCCUUCAAUCCAACUGAUCGCCUGGCUCUUGACGUCAACGCCUUCGGAGACGGCGCAGUACUCGGCUGUGACUUUGCUGGUAAAGUCGUGGAAGCCCAUUCAACUGUGACUAAAUUGAAGCCCGGCGACAGUAUUGCUGGAGAGAUCAAGGGCCUAGGAGCCUACUCGACGUACACAAUCGCUGAUGAGCGACUUUCCUUCAAGAUACCCGAAAACAUCAAUCCGGCUGAGGCUUCAUCAGUACCUCUGGCCGCUAACGCAGCAUGGCUUGCUCUGUUCUCGGACGAUUGUCUUGCGCUCAAUACCGACGAUACAGCUGGUAAAACCCCGCUAUUGAUCUGGGGAGGUAACACAACCGUUGGCUAUUUCGCCAUUCAGAUCGCCAAGCUUUAUAAUAUCGAAGUCGCUACAACCUGCAGCCCUAAAAGCUUCGAUAAGAUGCGACAAGCUGGCGCAACUCAUGUCUUUGACUACAACGAUGAGGACGUCGUAUCCAAGAUCAGAUCUGCACUUCCAAACCUGCAGCAUGUGUUUGAUACAGUUGGUAACGAAACCUCCUCAGCGACUGCAGCAAGGUCAAUCAGCCAACCAGAAGGUGUGCUAUGCACCGUUCGCCCAGGCAAAGCAAACACCCAAGAUGUUCCAUCUCAUGUCAAGGUCACGGAUGUAUUCGUAUUUACUGCUUUUCCUACAGAGCAUAGUUAUCGCGGUAAGGCGCAUUGGCCUGUGAAAAUAAAGGAUCACAAACUGAGUGCCGACUUUCAUGGUCAGUUAGAGACGCUACUUGGGAACGGAUCUCUUAAGCCGUCUCCCAUCCGUCAUAUGGGACAGCUGAGCCCGUCUUCCGUUGAGAAAGCGAUGGAUCUCAACCGGCAAGGUUCGAUCUCGGGCGAAAAGCUUGUCUUUGAAGGCUUUUCCUAG